UUUUAAUUUUGUUCACAUUUGCUUUUGUCAUAGAAGGUGUCCAGAUUUUAUGAUUUUCUGUUCAGUUCGCAUGGUUCGACGGACUUGACGACCGUGAGAUGCGUGGAGAAACGGAACCUCAUAACUCUGGAUUAUGUGACAGAGCGCCACCUGCGACAAACUAUAAUGUUUCAUUUCCCAUGUAGCGAGAGAGCAAAUUCAAUACUGGGUCGAGAACUGUCUUGUCGCAGUUCGUCGCCCGUUUCGUGAUCACAAACAUUCCGAUCAGGUUGCAGUGGUUUUAGCUCAGCGGUUGCGGUGGAAUAUUCAUCUUGAUUAAGAUUAAAUCACUACGCUAAAUGAAAUAGCCUUCGAGCUUGCAGGCUAGUUGUUAGAUUGAUAAACACACAACCAACAACGCUCAGGCGCUGCGCAAUCGCGUCCAGACGUUGUAAUGAAAGUCUUCUCUUUUUUAUUUGAAAAAAAUAAUAUUAUUUCAUUUAGCUCUUAAAGAUAUUGACUGCAAGGAAAAAGCAGUCCCCAACUUAUUAAAAUUGAUAACUGGUCAUUUUAAUUAGUUUCAAUUUCAAUUUCAAUUAAUGAUGGUAAUAGGCCUACAUGCGAUUAAUAUAGUUUAACAAUGAACGGUGUUCUACAUGCGCAAUGAACUGAUCACUAACCCCAAUUCAGACAUAAACGAAACAAUGCAUCUACAUUGCGGAAGAAUAUCAAACCUGCGUGGAUUUUAACAUCACCCAAGUUGAAAUUAAAACAUGAAUAUGAAACACGAGAUAUAUGCAACAUACAAUCUGACCGAAAUUUUAUUACUCCUGAAUUAGUGAGCACCCGUCUGCACGAAUUAGUAGAAAGCUCAAGGUCGAGGAAUAGAUCAUGAUUAUGAGAAAUUUAUACAAAUAAUGGAAUAAAAUUUGCAUACAAAAAAGACCUUUAUGGUAGGGUCCAUGAUAUAAAUAACUUAUCACAAAAUAUCGUCUGCUGUGACGGCCCACUCAUUUUCGGCGCAUCCUUCCAACAUCUAGCGUGCUUAUUCGGAAAGAGAUUUUGAUUGGUCAAAAGUCUACCUCGCGAUCACGCGUGAUUGGCUGACUAGAACGGCGGGGCGGGGCUUAUCCCUCCACCUGCGACUAUGAUCAGCUGUGUGUCGUUAACUACCUGUUACGUUUUCGUGUAUGACCUGUGCGAAGCCACCGCCAUAUACCACUGGUAGGCAGGCCAGUAGGCGGGCGGGCGGGAGUGCAUUGGUAGUGAUCCGUCACACGGGCUGUUAAAAACCACACUAAGCCUCGGGGGAUUCUGUCAGUCGUUCUUCGGUAACACAACACCAGGAAAAAGUGGCUAGAUCUCAGGUGUAUGCGUGUUUGCUCCUCUAUCCUCCUCUCCUCAAAGCCAAUGCAACCUCAACCCAAAACCGCUUGGAAGACAGCGUGUGACAUCAUAAGACAUAUAACCACCGUCUGGGGUGGGAGUAUUCUGGUGAGAAUGAGGAGGGGUGUUGACAGUCGACAACUUCAUUCCAUCUUCGAAAGUUUUCUGGACUAGACACUAACUAAUCCAUACUGCGGGAUCUAACUUUUUUUAGACACAAACUUCGACUUUACUUGGACAGAGAUAAUGAGGAGAACGAUGUGAAACCUGUUAUUUCAGUCUGUGGAGUUCAAACAGAUCGCAUCUCUCUUUUCAACUCGAAGAGGCGUGCCUCGAUGUUUAUCUUCUAGAGCUCUACACUUUAUCUAUGGAUUGAAGUUGGACAAUUCUUCUCAAGUCCUCUGUUGACUUACCCACUCAACGCCUCCUUUUCGAUAAUAUUUACUCAGAUUUGAAGUUUGGAACUGAGAACUAAUUGUUCCUGUAGUUUCUUCAGUGUAAAGAUAUUUUGUGAAGUUUUUCUAACAUCGUUUGCAUAGUUUGACAGCGGUUUGUUUUGAUAUAGCUGUGACGAACUCUGGUUGCAAAUUGGAGCGCAAUGGCGGAGUCCGCCGACGGUUGCGGUACCUUCAACGAUGUCGAUGCCCUAGCAAUGGAAUAUAUCAGAAAUUUUGAUUUGAGUCUUUGGCAGCUUGGAGCUGCCCUGAAACGUGAGCCCGAUAUGGAUUGCGACGGUGACCAGACGAUGUGUGAGGUGUUCACGCUCGCCCAAGCUCAGGGGCAGCUUCAACGGUGUUCAGCGUACCCUGAAUUGGGCCCGGCCGAACAGGAGUUCAUCAUCCAGCACAGCCAGGCCCAUGGUCCGCGGAGUAUGAGCAGUAGCAGCAGUAUAAGCAGUACGAGUAGUGAUGACUGGAACACUAAACUACCAUCGUCCGGGUUGUGCUCGCCCGACAAUUACACGAACACCAUGGCUCCUAUGGUUGAGCUUGUCCAGCCACCUUGCCCGAGCACGUUAGCAGCGAUUGCCAAUACCACCAAUAUGUCCAACAAUAUGUCGGGUGCUGUCAUGCCCAUCUCGCCUUGCCUCGCCAAUAGUGUGCCACCCAGUCCAGUAGAACUCAAGCCACUUGAAAUAAACUGGGUACCCACGGACAACAAGAAACCAAAAACUCGAAAUAGGAAAGAAAAAACUGUGUUACCUAAACGAGAGGCGAUUAAAAUGCGAAUGGGCUCGAUCAAUGAAAGCGACGACGAUGAAGACGAAGAUAGUGAUGAUGAUGAUGAAGACAAUAGUGAUCGCGAUAGUACAAGUGGAAGUAGCAUGGGUGGGGAUGCCGACAUGCUGGAUAUACCUAAAGAAGACAUUUUUAACAUAUUCACCGACGAGGAGCUCGUGCACCUCAGCGUGAGGGAACUGAAUCGACGACUACGAGGCUACCGAAAAGACGACGUCGUACGGUUGAAACAGAAGCGACGCACGCUGAAGAAUCGUGGUUACGCGCAAAGUUGUCGAACGAAGCGUCUGAAGCAGCGACUUGAUCUGGAGAACGAGCAGUUGUAUCUGAGGACGGAGCUAUCGAGAUUGAAAAGCCAACUUUCCAUCGCCACCCAGGAGCGCGACCACUACCGCAGACAACUCGAGAACUUCCGAGCCAGCAUGCAGGGAGCAGUGGUGCCGGAAAGUCAAGACUCUGCAGAGUUCUAUCUGUGAUAAGUUCAAUUUGCCAAUAUGUGUUUUGCACUGCUUUCUAUACUGUUUAUCGCAAGUUGAUGAGACCAUGGACAACAAAACUGCCAAAUUCAUCCACAUUGCGGAGUUCUAUCUGUGAUCAGUUCAUUUUUCCAAUAGGCCUAUGUCGCAUUUGUUUUGCAUUGUUUUUUUUUAAGUUAAAAAGACUUCAAAUGUUAAAUUCCACCAUGAUCAUUCAGAAUGGUUUCUAACAUUGGUGUCAAUGGAUGCACAGUUUAUGUUAGUACUUAUAUUACAGAGUAUGGCUAUGUUAAAACUAUCAAAUCUCAUUUCAAUGCAUGUUCUAAUGUUGUGCCGAGUGGAUGCACCAUGUAUGAAUUCCUAAAUCGAAACCUGUAGGUUUUUCGACACCUGUCAAACAUAAGAUGCGGAACCAUACCACCAUCUUCCACUUACAAUGGAGAGAACGGUGGAGAAAAAUCCACAUUCCUCCUAAAUCACCUGUCCAUGUUUGGUAUUCCGAGGCUUGAAGAUCCCUCCGUGUUUUGUCAGAGGGCUCAGAGAGGUGGGAUUUUCCAAUAUCAAGUGUAAUCCACGCGACUUCAAUAUUGAACCAUCUCGAUAACAAUUCCCUGAUUGACUCAAUGUGUUUCACACGUGAAUUGUAUCGGGAUGUUAUCACUUUUCAAGACUCCAAGGAGGGUAUCGAGAUGUACCAUGUAAAUGAAACCUGAGUCCAGAUUCGGGAUUUUCCAUUUUGAAUAUUUCAGUAAAGAGUGUACGCUAAGACGAAUAUGUGAAGUUGUUUGUAUCUUGACAAGUCAUUUUGAUCCAGCUAUUUUGUGAAUGAUUUCCUUCGAAUUUUGUUUGAGUGUUACCCAUGCUCCAUCUUCUUUCCAAUGCUUUUGUUUUAUCUUAUGUAUAUAGGGAGUUCAGUACGAUAAGUGUGAGGUCAUUCAUAGCUGGAUCAACAAAGUUCGAUUGUCAAUAUACAAACAAAACCUUGCAAGCUAUACGCCAGAAAUAUCCGGAUUGCACCCGCCGCCUGUCCCUCUGUCACGGAGGGUGGGUACAAGGUUCAGCAUCGAAAUUUGGUUUACAGCUUAGUUUAAACCCUAAACUAAAUCAUUAACAUAACACGGAAGAAGUCACACAUUACAAACUAAUUGUAAUGCUUUCUAUUUUGAUGAAUGUUAACUAACGCAUUUGUAGAUAUAAACUGCCCUUGAAAUUAUUGCUGGCAAACAAUUAAACCCCCUCUAGAGGGAUUUGAUGAUUGUGAAUAACAUUCCUAACCCUUUUCAUUGUUAUCGUAAUCGUUACUAAAACAAGUUAGGUAUAGCAUUAAUAAGCCAUGAUUGUUUGUGAUAUCGAACAAUAAAUAAUGAUUACAAGUAUUACUAGGUCUAAUCAUUCAAAUAAAAUGACUUUCGGAAAAUUGAAUAUUUCAUUCCGAUGAAAACUUGGAAGUAAAAAAGAUUUGCGUUGGUUCUUACGUCAUAUGUAUCGAAGAAAUUGGAGUCUUUUCGAAAUUGUGUAUAUCUAGCAAUUGAUUCAAUAUUGAUAUUUGUAGUUAACUUUUAUUCCAGAAUUGCAAGUAGAUUUUAGAUGUUGAUUUUGUGUUGCUUAAGUACUAGAUAACAUACAGAUUAUAUACAUUUUCAUGAUUUUCUAUGAUUGUUUUUAGUAGGUUAGUGAAGUCUUUGUUUCAUGAAAUAGAGUUAUGCAUUAUGAAAGAUUUUGUAAAGAUUUAUGAGAGAAAUUUAUUGCUAUUUCCGUUGUGGAAUUGAAGAGUUUUAAGGGAUUAUUUUGCAGUGAGGGAUAGAUGUCGUUUUUGUUUUUUGUUUUGUAAAUCUAUAUUGCGAUCGAUAAAUCAUGGUAGAGAUGCGUCAGGUGUGACGUCACUGAAGAGAUAGGGGAAUGGGUCUUUGAAAAGAGGAAAAUAUCAGUACUAUAUAUAUACAUAUUAUGUCAAGAAAGUUAAAGAAAUAAAAUGUGAAAUAAACUUUGCGUAAUCUUUCAACCCAAGAGAACAAUUAUAAUGAUCUCAAUCGACCCUAUGCUGUAUUGUUAUCAAACAGGAGCCAUCAAUCUUAUCGAGUUUGUUUUUUCUCAUCAGAGCAGUAGUUUACUUUCGAGAGUGGGAUACAGAUCGGUGUGUUCCUCCAUUGAUAUGUCCGUAGUCCCUCUGAACUUCCCUAUUGGUUCCGUUUCCAGACAUUUCUUUUUUUCGAAGUCUCGAGAGGAAAGCACAUUAUUCACGGUUUGCAAUCACACGAGAUAUUGCCCAGUAUUUAACCCUAUAGUUAUCAAGAAGUGUACAGGUCUGGAAAGUGUAAUCUAUUAGUAGCAAUACGAGUUAAGCAAAGUUUACGUUGCUGAGUUGAGUCAACUCAAAAAGUCGACGACUUAUUAAUGCUCGAUCCUUUUAAGGGGGGGUCCUCUUUCUUUCUUGUUGAAAAAUUAUACCUUACUAUCUGCCUUUUCAAAUAUCUUGAAAAAAUGAUUGGUGUAUUGACCUCGACAUUUAUUUCAAUAUCGAUAUUGUUGAUAAUAACGUUCAAGCUGGAAUUAAAGCUUUGUAAUCACGUAAUCAUAGGCUUACUUUGCCGGUAAAGAUGCAUGAAAGAUAAAAAAGGGUGGACAGAUGUAAAUAGUGCAAAAUCGUACAUGAUGCAUUUCCUAAGUGAUAUCAUUCAAGCAUGAGCAGGAGUCUUUCUCAGUCCUCAAUAAAGCGGUUUGUUUUGGUGUUGUCUUGACGGAGACUUGAGAAGAAAAAAAAUCAUCUGUGAUCAUGAUUUUCUUAACGGGAUUUCCUCCUUAGAAGUUAUGUUUGUAUUUUAUGACUGAUCUUAGACGUCUGCAAUUUCCACCCCCCCCCCCCCCCCCCCUCCUUUCAACUGGCGGUUCCCAAGGUCUACAUCACCCAUCUUGUCGCUUUGAUGGAACGAACGACGACUAAGCGAUGCGCUGAUUGGUUACCGGUUCUGCGUGACCCGUUGACAAAGGUCAAAUCGCUCCAACUUCUGACAAAUUAGAUUAGGGCGACGGUGUCGGAGAAAUGCGAACCAACUGUUCUCGGUCGUUUGGGUGGGUUUUGGGAUAACAGCAUUGUUCAGCUCGUGGGACGAUGUUCCUCUUCCAAGAGUUAGACUCGCUAAACCUGUAAAACUUACAAUAAAUUGUUCGAAUCUUCUAAUUUAUCACGUCGGCGGUUUGCCUUGGUUAGAAUGUGACCGGAGCAAGGGCUGUCAUUCUCAAUUUUAUUACACUUUGUUGCUUCAUUUUGGCAAUUUCAUUUGAAAUUUUCAUUUUUGAGGGAGAUGCAUAUCACAAAAUCUGCCUGUAGACGGUGACAAACAUAAUGAGGAAUUUGUGUUUAAAGACCUCUUGAAAGAAAAAUAUAUACCUUGGUUCUAUUUGGCGUUCUUGUAUUUCCUGCGAGGGAUACGCUUCUCGAAACGCUUAGGCCAAAACAUCAGUCAUUACUUAAUUCUUGUUGAGAAAAUUGUCAGUGAUACAACAGAAUGUAAACCUUAUUCGUUACUGAAACGACUAUUGAUGCUAUUUCUCGUACGACCUCCUCUGGUACCAUUAUGUAGUGCAAAUUCCCACCGCGGUAGGGGUCAUUUUUUUCCGGUGUGUGCCCGGUAUAUAUCGACUUCUUUUUUUUAUCAGAGUUUGUGGUCAACUCCGUAUUUAUCCAAAAUAUGCCAAGGAUAAUUGGAUAAUGAUGUUCUAUGGAGAACAUGACGAAAACUAUUAUAUCGCAUAAGGGCCAUGGACUUUCUUGACACAGUCAAAGCUAACCAAACACCUAUAUGGUUAUAAAUAGUGGGUCGCGUCUGCUGUUGCAUGAAUCAUAUAAAACUGUGGUGUUUAAUUUUACUCGAUACACUGUAAAACAGACACCAAUUGGUUUCCCUAGAGGACCGCACAUCGAAGGUGUCAAAUUACACCCAAGGUAUUGAAUAAUACACCAAGUAGUGUAAAAGUGGUGUUGAAAUAACACAUGUGUGUGUUGAACUAACACUGUAGAUUUAACAUCAGAGUAAAAUGACUGAUUUCAUUGUGUAUGAGGAAGACACCAAACAAUCACUUUAAACUGAAAUUACGCUACGCGGGCGAAGUUCUACCCAAAAUUUAGGCUCCCUUGAAAUUUAUUAAUCAGUAAUUGUGUGAAGACGCAAGUGUAUUGUUCAUACAUGUAGGCAUUUGGCCUGUUAACAAAUCAGCUAUUAAUGUGUUAUCUUUUAUUGUACUCGGUCUCUCGUAUAGGCUAGACGUGAUAGGCUAUUAAGUGAUCAGAGAGCAUGACCCUAAUUAUGAGACAAAAUUAACAGUUCAUCGGUAGUGAAGGACCAUUUAAUUAUCAGACAGUCUGAUAUACUUUUAUAAGGUCGAUACAGCUUUCUUUUUUGUACAACUGGACUAUCUAGGCCAAUAUAUAACGAUAAAACUUAAUGACAUGUACUUACGACUAAUUGACAAUUAAAAAGUGAACGUACUUACUGUAUUGAUUAUAGUGAUUACAAUGCUGCAGUCCCCGAAAUCUUUCAAAAUUUUGUACAAAAUGCCUUGAUGAUCUUUACUUAUCAUUCAAAUAUAGGAGUGCUGUAACUUAAUUUAUUGGUGUGAUAAAGACAAAAAUGAAGAAAAUUCGUCUUCCAAUUUUAUGUUUUGGCAGCGACGAUCUUUCUUUGAUGUCGUUUUAGGGUGUGCUAAUCAUCCGACAUUUCGUUUGUGUACUGUAGAUUUUGGAUUGUCAUUUGCUCUGAAUGAAUUUAGCUAUUACUAAUCCAAUCGGAGAGCAAGGUAAUAUACAAACAAUCAUACAUACAGAAAACCAAACGAACAAAAAAUAUUCAAGGUGCCUUAUGUCUAAGUAUUUUACUUUUUUUUUAUUUUUCUUACCUGUAAAUUUUAAUCUCUCUUUUUCUUUUUCAAUUUGUCAGGCUUAUCCUCUUGGAUUAUGCAAAUGUUAUGUUACUUGAUCAUAGUUCUGAUUUAAGGUUUCUUUUCUUUUAUUUUAAAAAAAUUGAUGAAACUACUUUUGGUCAUUUUGCUGAAGUUGGAAGAGCUAUCAUUCUUUUGGAUACUUUGAUUGCGGAAUGUUUAUCUUUAUUUUUGUAUGAAAAAUGGAUUUGUAAUGAAUAUUCCUUUUGAAGAUGAAUAUCCAUGUAAACGUACAUUCUUUUAAUGUCUGAGUAAUGUGAAGAUAAUGAAAUCCCAUUCCGCCUUUUCGUUGGCUUCCAUAUUGUUGUUAUGUCCAGGACUGAACUGUAACGAACAAACUUGUAAUAAAUCUAUUUUUCUUAUGUAUGCAA